GCGCUUUCUUUGUCUAUAAAUAGCCAGUUGUAAAUUGUGAAGUGUUCAUUUAUUUUCUUCUGGUUGUAAUUUUAAUUACAUUCACAAAUUAAUAAUUACAAGCACAAGGUGGUCUUAGUGUAAAGACUGUGAUACAGCUUCGAUUUGGAUAACUUUUUAAUACUUAUCCUAAGUAAUUGGGCUAUUUCUAAUUUGUAUAAUAAACCUAGUGAUUUUUGUACACUGAUUACAGAAAGUAAAGCCAUAGGUAAGGUCUAGGCCUACUUGCAGAAAGAACACAGCCUGAGGACUCAUUUUUAAAAAUGUCUAGUGGUGAAAGUUCCCCGUCAAGAUCCUCACAAGGGCAAGGAGCUCGACGCUCUGAAGCAGUCACUUCACCCCCUCGUGAACUUGAUGAGCCUUUUGAAGAUGAAAGCGAGUUUCUUGGUGGAGGUCCUCUCAGUGUUGGACCUGAAGAUGAAGAAGAAGAUGGGGAGGAACUGUUUGGAGACAAUAUGGAAGCCGACUACCGACCCAUGCCAGCACUGGAUCGAUAUGAGCAGGAUGUGCUGGAUGAUGAAGUGUACAGUGACAUCUCUCAGGGAGACAGGAGAGCUGCUGAGGAAGCCAUGCGCAGGAGAGAUCGUGAGGACCAGAUGAGACGAGGAGAUGCUGAUUUGUUGUAUGAACCUAGUGAUGAUGACGAAGCACCAAGAAGAAAACGCAGAAGAGCAGAAAAAGCAGCCAUUGGAGAUGUUGAAGAGGAAGAAAUGAUUGAAUCAAUUGAACACUUGGAGGAUACAAAAGGUCAUUCUGUGAAGGAGUGGGUGUCUAUGCUGGGACCACGAACAGAAAUUGCAAAUAGAUUCAAGAAUUUCUUACGUAAUCAUGUCAAUUCUAAAGGUGUUUAUGUUUAUAAGGACAAGAUCAGACGCAUGUGUGAAAGCAAUCAUUCCAGUUUUGAGGUUGAGUUUCCUGUGUUAGCAAGCAAAGAAAAUGUUUUGGCGUACUUUUUACCUGAAGCUCCAAUGGAAAUGCUGCAAAUAUUUGACACUGUUGCAAAAGAAUUGGUUCUAACAAUAUAUCCUAGCUAUGAACGAGUUACUAGUGAAAUCCACAUAAGAAUUUCCGACCUACCCUUAAUUGAAGAGUUAAGAACAUUCAGGAAAAUCCACUUAAAUCAGCUAGUAAGGACCACAGGGGUGGUAACAGCCACUACUGGGGUACUGCCUCAGCUAUCCAUCGUCAAGUAUGAUUGCAACAAGUGUGGCUUCGUCAUCGGUCCAUUUGUACAGUCUCAGAACAGUGAGGUCAAACCUGGGUCCUGCCCUGAAUGUCAGAGUACUGGUCCGUUUAUGAUUAAUAUGGAACAAACACUUUACCGAAAUUAUCAGAAAAUUACACUCCAAGAAUCACCAGGCCGCAUUCCUGCUGGAAGAAUACCUCGGUCUAAAGACUGUAUAAUGCUGGCUGACCUGUGUGACAGGUGCAAACCAGGAGAUGAGAUUGAUGUCACAGGAACUUAUACCAACAGCUAUGAUGGUUCUUUGAACACAGAGAAUGGUUUUCCAGUGUUUGCUACAGUUAUUUUAGCUAAUCACUUAAUUGUGAAAGACUGCAAACAGAUUGUAGAGUCGUUGACGGAUGAAGAUAUAUCUACCAUCAUGAAGCUUUCAAAAGAUCACAGAAUCGGAGAAAGAAUCAUCAACAGCAUUGCCCCAUCUAUAUUUGGUCACAAUUACAUUAAAAGAGGUUUAGCUCUUGCACUAUUUGGGGGUGAAUCUAAAAACCCAGGUGAAAAGCACAAGGUGAGGGGAGACAUUAACGUGUUACUCUGUGGUGAUCCUGGUACGGCCAAAUCUCAGUUUCUCAAGUUUAUUGAGAAGAUGGCUCCUAGAGCAGUGUUCACCACAGGGCAGGGAGCUUCUGCUGUGGGUCUCACUGCAUAUGUUAAGCGAAGUCCUUCCAACAGGGAGUGGACUCUAGAAGCAGGAGCUCUAGUACUCGCUGACCAGGGAGUGUGCCUCAUCGACGAGUUUGACAAGAUGAAUGACCAGGAUAGAACAUCAAUUCAUGAGGCCAUGGAACAACAGAGUAUUUCUAUAUCCAAGGCUGGGAUCGUCACUUCCCUACAAGCACGGUGUUCUGUCAUUGCAGCUGCCAAUCCUAUUGGUGGAAGAUAUGACCCUGGCAUGACAUUUGCUGAAAAUGUUAACUUAUCAGAACCGAUCAUGUCACGUUUUGAUAUUCUCUGUGUUGUGAGAGACGAAGUUGAUCCAAUGAAAGACCAGCUGCUUGCCAAGUUUGUGGUUGGCUCUCACAUUCGCCACCAUCCAUCCAGUACUACCAACCCACCCCCAUCACAAGAGACUCCAGAUGAUCAGACAAUACCACAAGAUAUCUUGAAGAAAUAUAUUGUGUAUGCAAAGCAGAAUGUUCACCCUAAGCUACAUCAAAUGGAUCAAGACAAAGUUGCCAAAAUGUACAGCCAACUUCGACAAGAAUCUUUGGUGACAGGUAGUCUGCCAAUAACAGUGAGGCAUAUUGAGAGCAUGAUAAGAAUGGCAGAGGCUCACGCUAAGAUGCACUUAAGAGACUACGUACAAGAGGACGAUGUCAACAUGGCAAUCCGUAUGAUGCUCGAGAGUUUUGUGGAGACACAAAAGUAUAGUGUGAUGAAGACCAUGAAAAAUACCUUCCAGAAAUAUUUGUCAUUCAAAAAAGACACAACAGAAUUGCUGUACUACAUAUUGAGACAAAUGACUCUAGACCAAAUAGCUUACAUCAGAGGAAUCCACGGGGUUGAUGUCAAUGUAAUUGAAAUUCACGAGAAGGACUUCCUGGAUAAGGCAAAACAAAUAAACAUAUAUGAUUUGAGAGAUUUCUAUGAAAGCAAGAUUUUUGAAUCGAACCACUUCAAAUAUGAUGCCAAGAGGAAGUUGAUAGUCCAAACGUUGCCCAGCACCAGAGUGACUGCGUGAUCAGAAUAUAUGGAAUAUUACUUUCCCAGAUUCAUCACAAGAGUUACAGCAUUACAAUAUUACUUCUACAGUUAUUGUGUUGUACCAUACUUUCACCUCAUUUACUAUCCUUUUAAUCAUUAUAUAAAUCUUAUACAAGUCUGUAUGAAAAAGAAAAAAAAUGGGAAUUGAAUGUAACUAACAGAGCAUGGUUAAGGUAGAGGAAUUCCCAAAUAGAAAUGUAAACCACUUCCAAUCCAAACAAGCAGUAAAUUCAAUGAAAUAAGCUUUAAACUUGUAAGAGAUGAGAAUAAUGUCCAAAUAGUUUUAAGAUGAUUAUUGUUUUAACAUGUAAUGUAUACAUAGUAAGAUAAAAUAUUAUUAGUUUGUCAACUAAAAAAUAGAAGAGAUCGAAAGUUGAGUAACUUAACUGAACUGUUAUGAGAGGAGCCCAGUAUAUAGACUUAUUGUAGCUGAGAAGUUGUAGUUUCUUUAUUGUUCUAAAACUUCCCUAAUUCUUUAUUUGAAUAAACAUAAAUUUGUUAAAUGUGUUAUAUUAACCAUAAAUUUUGAAUUGUAGUAAAUUAACAGUAAUUAAAAAUAAUAUAAAAAUUUGAUGUACUGUAUUUCAACAACAUACAUCAUAUUUUACCAUUUAUAAUAUAGAAUGCAUUAUCUAGGUUGUUUGUCCCUUUUAAAAUAUACAAUAUGAAAAAUAAUGCACCUGAUUUCUCCUGUAUGACACAAAAAUGAAAACCAAAACUUUCUUCAUUGAGAUUGGUUUAGUUUACACAACAUAACUUUCAUGUGUGAUAAGCUCAACCUAGCUGUAUUUCCAGAUGUUUUGGACAGAAAAUAAGAGAGAUUGUUUUUUGUCCCCAAGGCAGCUUAUAUCAAUAAUUUUUUAUGUUUCAAUGAUUUUUUCACACACAAAAAUUGUUUAAGAACAAUGAAAUAUCUAUGUUUUUAUUAAAAAGUAUCUAACUCUGGUGUUAAUAAGGGUUUUUCCUGUUAUUCUUAGUAAUGUUUGUUGUUUUUUUAUAUUUAAUAAGUUAAUUUACUUUGUUAAAUACUAUGUUAUGUUAUGUCAAUUUUUCAUUUAUUUAGUUAUUUCCUCACGACUAUUGAUCACCAGUUAAUAUUCUGUGAUUAUCAGAAGACAUAAACUUGAUUCUGGUUGGUUGUGUGUAGGUUCCUUUUCUAUAAGAAAGCAUUCUUUGACAAUAUAUUCUAAAAUGAAGUGAUUCUUGUUACUGAUUCAUAAGGGUAGCUUUUCAGACCCGUAUUACAUCUGUUUAUUAAUGGAAAUAAAGUAAAUAUUUGACCACAUGUAAAUAGAUGUAAGACAAAGGACUGUAAAUAGAUUUUAAUACUUUUUUAAAUGACCUCUGUUGGUCAGUGAAGUGUAAAUUUUAGGGUAUUACCUGUCAAGCAGUCUAUAAUAUUUUACCAAAUUUUAAAUACUGUUUAUAUAUAACUUUCAUGCUGCUUUAAUAAUGUAUUAUUUUCUUACACAGAAUUAGUUCUUUUUGCAUUUUGGGACCAACUUAGAAAUAAAAUUAUUAUGUUUGAA